GUCUUCCUUUUCUCGACCUCCCUCCUUCCUUCCUCCACUGUUGAUCCUGCAAUGGCGACUCCUUUGAAGAAACUGCAGCGUUCCGGAUCUCGGGUCUCUGACGUCCUGAAGGUUUCCGAGAAUUCUGAUCCUAACGUCCCCUUUUCAUCUCCUCUUUCUUCUCAGAAAUCGGUGAAAUCAACGGCGAUUAGGUCAGCCCAAUCGAAUAAGUCGGCCUCCAGAACCACCGGUCGGAUCGUCGCUCCGCCGCCUCCGCCGGGGCCAGCAAGGAAGUUCAUCGUCGCCAAGAAGGACUCGAUGAGGGUAGGGAACGGGUUGGAUUCCGAGAGAUGCCGAAAAGAAGCCUAUGAGGCCCUUCGAGCGUCGCAGGAGGAGUUUUUCAGGAAAGGUUGUCCUUCCAUAGUCGUCGCAGUCGCAAAACCUGCAAUCGGCGAUGUUGAAGGAUCUAUAGAUAGAACUGAGAAGGGUGGAAUGGACGGGAUGGGGGAGAUCUUGGAUACUGAUAUUGAAAAUCCAUUGUACGGAGCAGAGGAUAAAAAUACGAGAAACUUGGUGAUGGAGGAGGCUAUGAACAUAAUACCGGAGCCUGAGUCUGGCCGCGUGAAGAAUUUGGUCAAAGCAUUCGAGAGCUUCCUUUCAAUUUCAAAUGACGAUGAAGCUGAGAAAUGCGUGUAUAGGAACCUGAAUCCAUUGGAUUGCCCAUUGCUAGGAUUGCAGCAAUCAUCCAAGACUGUGGCUGCUGAAAGUUCUUCUGCUUAUGUUUUCUCUUCUGCAGAGUUUUUACCUCCUAGAGAACUUCCAAGAGACUCAAAAUUGUGCUCUUUGAUAGAUAGCAGCGAUCAAAGGUUGAGCUUGGGGAGAAGGACUUGCAAUGAAGGAAGAAAAAAACGUAUUAGUUCUGAUUCUCUUAGGAGCUGGAAUAAGAUGUUAAAAGUGACAAGCCAACAUCCUUUCAAGCUUAGGACUGAGCAAAGAGGAAGGAUUAAGGAAGAACAAUUUAUCAAGAAUGUGAAAGAAAUGUUGAUGAAAGAAGAGAAACAGCGCAUACCUAUUGCCCAAGGUCUUCCAUGGACCACAGAUGAACCAGAGCACUUGCAGAAGCCUCCCGCCAAAGAAAGCACUAAACCUUUAGACAUUGUUUUGCACAGUGAUGUUCGUGCGGUAGAAAGGGUUGGAUUUGAUAAUUUUGUAGCCAAACGGAUGAACUUUGCUGAACAGCUAAGAUUAAAAAGGGAGAUGCAGCAGAAGUUGGAGGAAGAAGAAGAAAUACGGAGGCUCAGAAGAGAACUUGUGCCUAAAGCUCAGCCAAUGCCAUACUUUGAUCGGCCCUUUGUCCCUAAAAGGUCAAUGAAACCACAAACAAUCCCAAAGGAGCCAAGAUUCCAUAUCCGCCCAAGAAAAUAUUCAUGCUCUUGUGCUUGCCUAUUUGAAUGCCGAGGACACUGAUUGGUCUGUUGAUUCCUUGAGAGCCAGAAAUACAACAUAUGUUGUUUCAUCCUUAUCUUUCAAUAUUACCGGUUCCUUCCAUAGGAGAUUGGAUCGCAGUUAA